AUGAAUAAAACUCGUGGUAGUUACACUGCUAACGUCACAAUCUUCAACUACUUGAAGUAUCAGGACAUUCAAGGGCCGUGGUCAUUGAAUUGGCUAUGGGUCGACAACGAAAUCCUUUUAAGCACUCUUGGUGCUAAGAGCAGUAAUUCUACGUUGCGUCCAGGGCCUCCAGGCUGGAUGCACUCGCGUGAUGACAUAAAUAGGAUUACCAUUGUGGACUUACCGCCACAAACUGAUGAUGAUGAUGAUGAUGACGACGACGACGACGGCCAGCGAAAUAUAGUACCAGCGGGUGAUGUGAUUCCUUGGUUUAGAGAAGAGGAAGCCGGCGACCUCGAGAAAAGCUCUUUCUCAUUCCAUAUUUCUGUUGGUCGAGCUAAUCUAAAAUAUCAUCAUCCCCCGGCAAUUAAGGUUAAGUUGAACACACCAAACUUGAAAUACUGGUGUGGUAAAGUGGAGAGAGUCACUGGUGAUUUGAAUUCGUGGAGCACGAGCUGCGUUCCCUCCUUCUUUAGAGUAGUUGUCCCCCGCGUGAUCUGA